AAGUACAUCCGGGGGAGUGGCCCUGCGGGCGGAAAGGCUCGGGUCUGGGCUGCAGGAGCGGCCGCUCUGCUCCUCGUCUCGUUGGUUCCGGAGGUCGCUGCUGCGGUGGGACAUGCUGGCGCGCGCGGCGCGGGGCACUGGAGCCCUCUUGCUAAGGGGCUCUGUGCAGGCGUCCGUCCGCGCUCCGCACCGCGCCUCCUCUGGAUUGCCCCGAAACACCGUGGUACUGUUUGUGCCUCAGCAGGAGGCCUGGGUGGUGGAGCGAAUGGGCCGAUUCCACCGGAUCCUGGAGCCUGGCCUGAACAUCCUCAUCCCUGUGUUAGACCGGAUCCGAUACGUGCAGAGCCUCAAGGAAAUUGUCAUCAACGUGCCCGAGCAGUCGGCUGUGACUCUUGACAAUGUAACUCUUCAAAUUGAUGGGGUCCUGUACCUGCGCAUCAUGGACCCUUACAAGGCAAGCUAUGGUGUGGAGGAUCCCGAGUAUGCGGUCACCCAGCUAGCUCAGACAACCAUGAGAUCAGAGCUUGGCAAGCUCUCCCUGGACAAAGUCUUCCGGGAGCGGGAGUCUCUGAAUGCCAACAUUGUGGAUGCCAUCAACCAGGCUGCGGACUGCUGGGGCAUCCGCUGCCUGCGUUAUGAGAUCAAGGAUAUCCAUGUGCCUCCCCGGGUGAAAGAGUCCAUGCAGAUGCAGGUAGAGGCAGAGCGGCGAAAACGGGCCACAGUUCUAGAGUCGGAAGGGACCCGAGAGUCGGCCAUCAAUGUGGCAGAAGGGAAGAAACAGGCCCAGAUCUUGGCCUCUGAAGCAGAAAAGGCUGAGCAGAUCAAUCAGGCUGCAGGAGAGGCCAGUGCAGUUCUGGCCAAGGCCAAGGCCAAGGCUGAAGCUAUUCGUAUCCUGGCUGCAGCUCUGACACAACAUAACGGAGAUGCAGCAGCUUCACUAACUGUGGCCGAGCAGUAUGUCAACGCAUUCUCCAAACUGGCCAAGGACUCCAAUACUAUCCUGCUGCCUUCCAAUCCCGGGGACGUCACCAGCAUGGUGGCUCAGGCCAUGGGUGUGUACGGGGCCCUCACCAAAGCCCCGGGAUCCGGGGCCCAGGACUCAGUUUCCCGUGGCAGCGGCCGAGAUGUCCAAGGCACAGAUGCAAGUCUUGAUGUGGAACUUGAUCGGGUCAAGCUGAGUUAGUGGAGCUGGGCGUGGUCAGGGAGUCCCGGGGCAGGGGAGCAGCACUUCCAGAUUCUGUCUGUGGCCUCCCUGCCACGAGUUUGCUUUUUAUUUUUUUAUUUGAACUUUAAUCAUGUAAUAAACUCACCAGUAGCAAACCAGAAA